AAAAAUUCAAACACCAACUGUCAGUGCUGUCAGUCGAUAUGAUUUUCGCCCGGGCGAAAAGAACGCAUAAACAAAACUUUUUUCUGUGGCGUCCUCCGGCGUUGUCCGAUCCGUUUUCUGUUGAAAAAUAAGCGUUUUAUCUGACUUCAGCAUCACACCUCCCGCUGCACCAUGUCGAGCACAUCCCAGAAGCAUAGAAAUUUUGUGGCGGAACCGAUGGGGGAGAAACCGGUAACGGAACUGGCUGGCGUCGGGGAUGUGCUUGGGAAGCGCCUGGAGGCGGCCGGAUUCGACCGGGCAUACACCGUCCUCGGCCAGUACCUCAUCCUGAAGAAGGACGCGGAACUAUUCAAGGAGUGGAUGAAGGAUACAUGCGCGGCAAACUCGAAGCAAGCGGCCGACUGCUACCAAUGUCUGAGCGAUUGGUGCGAGGAAUUCCUGUAAACCGUACGCGCAAUCACCUUGCUUCCCGCCUGCGACAGGUUCCCCCAUUUUGACUAGCGAUUAAGCUAUAUGUAAAAAGAUGCAAUGUGUAUUUCUCUUUCUCCACCGCGAGAAGAGAGCGCAGCCUACCACUAACACGGUUGUUAGGAGACGAGAGAUAUUUUAUUAUUUCAUAAAUAAAUAUUAACGACAUCGAAUCCAGGA